AUGCUGCGGACUAUACUGGUGUUAGCUAUGGUCGGGCUCUGUGGAGCAGAUUAUGACAUACAAUGCGACGCGUCACAACACUUGGUCGUCGAUUGCCGCCAACCCUGUCCUCCAGAAAAGACAUGCCAAAACAAGGACGACCCUAUACCGCCCUGUGUGCCUCCUAUGGGACCUUGCAAGAAACAAUGUGUGUGCGAAGAUGGCUACGCGAAAAACCAGUGGGGAGGGUACUGCAUCACUUACGCACAGUGCGAUAAAUGUCCUGGCAACAACCAGUACUUCGCCUGCGACGGGCCAUACAGCCAGAACUGCACGGGUAGCUGCCACUGCACCGAUGGCUAUGCACGAGACGCUAACGGUACCUGCGUGUCUACCGCACCCCCUCCGGUUGACAACCACCCGCCACCGCCUCCACUGAUAACUCCUUCGCCCCCUGUUACAGCACCGACGAAAGGUCCAAUAGGUCCCAAGCUCGCAUGCGACAACGCCACCCGCCACGAGACCCUGGCCUGCAGAUUCGGCUGUCCACCAGAACCGUCCUGUCUAAACCGGCACCGGCCGCCUCCGUCCUGCGCCCCGCCGGCGCCGUGGCUCAAAUGCACGGAUCAAUGCGUCUGCGCUAAAGGUUAUGUGAGGAACAAACCUAGUGGCGUUUGUGUCACGGAAAAACAGUGCGACAAAUGCCCCGGUGAAAACGAGUACUUCCAGUGCGACGGAGACAACGAACCUAACUGCGAUGGCCACUGCAACUGUUUAUCAAACCACGUGCGAGACAAGGACGGCAAAUGCGUUUACGUCGAUCCCACGUCGACUCCGAAAGUGGACCCACCACCUGUUACUACGACAGAGAAGCCACCAUGCACGAAGCCCCUAUCUUGCGACAACGCGACCCGCCACGAGGUCCCGUCCUGUGUCUACAUCUGUCCCCGGGAACCAACAUGCGAGAGCCGAAACUGGCCUCAUACCACCUGCCCACCCCCCACUCUGGACCAGUGUUUAGAGAAAUGCGUCUGUGAUGCAGGAUAUAUAAGAAACAAGCUUAAUGGUCAAUGCAUUAGUACAGAACAAUGUGACUUAUGUUCUGGCGACAACGAGUACUUCGAAUGCGACGGGGAAUACGCAGAGGACUGCGACGGGCACUGCUACUGCUCAUUUGGCUACGCGCGAGACAAGGAUGGCAACUGCGUUUACGUCUAUCCAGCUUCGCCUCCGAAAUUACCGGAUCCUCCCAAGGCAGAAACAAAAGACAAAUGCCCAGGAAGGAACGGCAAUAUCUGCGUCUCAACCACGCUCACUCCUCCGCCGCGUAUUUACAAGCCGCCGCCACCUUAUCGAAGCCGACGUCACUACCCUAUUCAACCAGUGGAAAAGGUUCAAGCAGUGCAAAAAGGUUCAACCAGUGCAAAAGGUUCAACCGGUGCAAAAGGUUCAACCAGUGCAAAAGGUUCAACCGGUGCAAAAGGUUCAACCAGUGCAAAAGGUUCAAGCAGUCCAACCGGUUCAAUCGGUGCAGCUUGUUCAACUGGUUGAACAUUGUUAGCCGGAUUCAGUAUCUAGGAUAUCAAAACAGAUCUUAAAUGUAUAUGUAUAGGUACUGUAAGACUAACAAAAACAAACCUU